AUGCAUACAAGCUCAGUGCUCGUGGCCGCCUUAGUGGCCGUGGCCCAGCUAGGAAGCGCUGAACCCGAAACCCGACCGAAGAUUUACUUUCCAAGGCACAUCAAGAGGCAGUACACUAACCACACCAUCACAAGCACAGGGGCGCAGAAUACAGAAAGCGAGUUGCCCGAUUCGUCAAAACACUCCUCGACCAAGAAGGACACCAUAUCCGACCUUUUGUCAAGCUUAUUGGGGGGAGGAUCUUCUGAUGACAAAGACUCGAAAGAUUCGGCAAGCUCAGAUUCGGCAAGCUCUAGCUCUAGUUUUUGGCCGGACACCUCAGACUCGAGUUCUGCCCCCAAAAGCGAAUCUACCCCCGCGCAGGCGACGCCCCAGACGAGUAACGAUGUUGACUCCCAAGCCCUAGGGUCUCCGCUAAUUGCCCUACCGUCCCUUGGCCUCGAUCUCUCCGGAGAUUCUUCUACUACAUCCGCUGUGGUCAAUAGUACUGCAUUUGCGACGGAAACGAGCGCUGUCGAGACUGUCGCCGAGUCUACUCCCGAGCCUAGCAGUGAUUUUGAGUCUGCGACUGAUUAUAGUCCUACUAGCACGAUCCCUAUAACAUCCUCAGGGAUUAUUAUCGCUCCUACUGGUGUCGUCACAGAGAGUUCAAGCAGUUCGGGUGGAGGGCUUCUCGGUGGUCUUCUUGGUGGCAUCGUCGGAGGCAGCCCCAGUAGCUCCUCGCCGUACAGUUCUCCAACCAGCCCCCCCACGAGUUCUUCCGACGGAGGCCUUCUUGGUGAUAUUGUUGGCGAUGUUGGCGGUAUUGUUACAGGGACCCCAACAAGCUCUAUAGUUGACAGCUUCCAAAGCAGCUUCCCGAGUAGCUCUCCAACUUCUUCUUCUGACGGAGGACUUCUCGGUGACAUCGUUGGAGGUGUUGGCGGCAUUAUUACAGGAACCCCGACCAGCUCCACUGUUGACAGCUUCCAAAGCAGCUCUCCCGUUUCUUCCGACGCCGCCUCUUCUGACGGAGGUCUUCUUGGUGAUAUUGUUGGCGGCGUUGGCGGUAUUGUAGCAGGAACCCCGACUAGCUCCACCGUUGACAGCUUCCAGAGCAGCUUCCAAAGCAGCUCUCCCGUUUCUUCCGACGCCGCCUCUUCCGACGGAGGUCUUCUUGGUGGUAUCGUUGGCGGCGUUGGUGCCAUUGUCACAGGAGACUCGAGUAGCUCUACAGUUGACGCCCCCGAAAGCAGCCCGACAAGUUCUUCAGACGGAGGACUCCUUGGCGGUAUCGUUGGUGGUGUUGGCGGCAUUGUCACAGGAGACUCGAGUAGCUCUGCAGUUGACGCCCCCGAAAGCAGCCCGACAAGUUCUUCAGACGGAGGGCUCCUCGGCGGUAUCGUUGGUGGUGUUGGCGGCAUUGUCACGGGAAGCUCGAGCACCUCCACAGCCGAUAGCGUCGAGACCACUCCGACAAGCUCUUCCGAUGGAGGACUUCUUGGUGGUAUCGUUGGCGGUAUUGGUGGCAUUGCCACUGGAAGCUCAAGCAGCUCCGCAGCCAACAGCUCUGAAAGCGGCUCCAGCAGCUCUGACGGAGGACUUUUAGGCGGCGUGACCAGCAUUGUCGGUGGAAUCGGUGGCGUUGGUACAGGAAGCCCUAGCAGUUCCACGGCCGACAGCUUUGAGAGCACCCCGACGAGUUCUUCGGACGGAGGGCUUCUCGGUGGUGUGACUAGCAUUAUUGGUGGCAUUGGCGGCGUUGGUACAGGGAGCUCUAGCAGCCCUACAUCUUCUUCUGAUGGGGGACUUCUCGGUGGCGUAACUAGUAUCGUCGGUGGCAUUGGUGGUAUUGCUACAGGAACCCCAAGCAGCUCCGCAGCCGAUAGCGCCGAAACUAGCUCAAGCUCGGACGGGGGACUUCUUGGUGGUAUUGUUGGCGGAAUUACCAGCGCGAUUCUUCCAUCGUCUAAUGGGACCGCCAGCCAAACUGGCUCGAUUACGGACACGGACGGUGGAUUAUUGCCUACUCUGCUGCCAUCCAUUCUGCCGACUGGCCUCUUCCCAAGCACAUCCUUCCCAGGCACCGCUCCUACAGCCUCCUCAACCACAAGCUCCGACGGACCGCUCUUGACCCUGCCUCCUAUCAUACCUCCUAUUCUAGGCUCAACAAGCUCUAUUCCCAUUGCUAAUACUACGCAACCUCCUGUUACCCCGACGGAUAGUGUUAGCGUGCCUUUGACGACCUCGCCGACUAUUGUUCCAGGUAACAGCUCAUCUGUGCCUGAUGUCACUAGCGCUCCAACAGUACCUACCGUUUCAGCCAACACAACCGUCUCGGAAACGCAGCCUGCUGUCACCGAGCCUUCAACCUACAUCACUGUUCCGCAAAACACCACUGUACCGUCAACCAGUUCCGUGCUAACUACAGAAUCGUCGACACUUGAGCCUACUUCAAUUCCGACCACUACCUCGUCCACAACAAAGCCCAUAUUCACUAGCAUUCCUGUUAUCGCCACAAUCACGGACUCCGAGUCUUGGCUUCCUACAACAAUUAUUGUUCAGCCUUCAACUAGUACCAUUAACACCGGCGAGCGUCCUACCUUCACGGGCAUUCCUACGACCUUACCCAAGGCAAUCACUCCUUGGACUGAGCCGCCAGAACGACCCGAAGACACAACGCUUAUCCAGAUUUCGUUCCUCUACGGUGAAAACUACCAACACCUUGUGGAUGAGCCUCUAGCUGCUUCUCAGAUGUUCGACCUUCUCCCUAAGGGUCUUGCACACGGCGGUGGCUUUGAUCUCGGUCGGGUUGUUAUGUAUAGUAUCAAACCAUAUGAUACCAUUUCUCAGCUAGGCUACAUUACCUCGCAAGCUAUGGUGUACUACCCCACAGAGGGUAUUUCUCAACUCUCGGAAGACAUCGGCUACCCUACCACUGCUCUAUACAACCACCAGAACCCUCUAGUGCGCAACCUGACCAACGAGAUUAACCCAGCCAUUGGCAUCUCACCAGGCUCUCUAUUGGAUGGUGCUCAAGGCUCUACCGGAGGCAACGGGGGUAAUACAGCUAACACAGGAGGCUCUAACAACAAUGACCCCUUCGAUACCAAGGGUCCCGGUGAGCAGACAACCAGCGCCCAACAAGGAAUGACUGCCGGUAUUGCUGUAGGUGCCGCUUCUGUUGCUGGUGCUUAUGGAGCUGCCAUGUUUAUUAUUGCCCGUCGGUAUAAGCGCAAGAAGCAGAGACAUCAGAGGAGCAGCUCCAUCACAUCGCCUUCUGAAAUGCGCCAGACCGGAAGCCCGGCUCUCAUGGGUGGUGCGUUGUUGAGCAGGGAUUUUACAAGCGGCCCUGGUUAUGGAGGAAUUCCAGGCAAUGCUCGGGAUAGCCAAGGCAGUGGAAGGAGUGGGAUGAACAACUCGGCUCGUACCGCAAACAUCUCGGCACCGGUUGCGGCGGAGAACUCCCUCGGCUGGAACUGA